UCCGUCCCGGGGGGCCAGGGGCGGGGGCCCUGGAAGGAGCGGGAGUUCAAGCCGAGCUGGGACGAGGCUAGGGGUCGGGAGGUGGGGGCAGAAAGCUGGGGCUGACACCCGUGCAUCCGGACUCCGCACUAGCAUCGCCUGUGACAGCGCCCCGGGUCCGGUGGAGGGCAGCGGGGGGAGGAGGGAAGGAGGAGGAGAAGGAGGAGGAGGCGGGAGCAGCAUCCGGAGCUGAGCUGCAGCAGCGCCGCCUUUUGUGCUGCGGCCGCGGAGCCCCCGAGGGCCCUGUGCUCACCAUCAUACCAGGGGGCAGAGGUGAUGGCUUGCCUCCAUGAGACCCGAACACCUUCUCCUUCCUUUGGGGGCUUUGUGUCUACCCUAAGCGAGGCAUCCAUGCGCAAGCUGGACCCAGACACUUCUGACUGCACUCCUGAGAAGGACCUGACACCUACCCAGUGUGUACUUCGAGAUGUGGUACCCCUUGGUGGGCAGGGUGGGGGAGGGCCCAGCCCCUCCCCAGGUGGAGAGCCGCCCCCUGAGCCUUUUGCCAACAGUGUCCUGCAGCUACAUGAGCAGGAUGCAGGGGGCCCAGGGGGAGCAGCUGGGUCACCUGAGAGUCGGGCAUCCAGAGUUCGAGCUGACGAGGUACGGCUGCAGUGCCAGAGUGGCAGUGGCUUCCUUGAGGGUCUCUUUGGCUGUCUGCGCCCUGUCUGGACCAUGAUUGGCAAAGCCUACUCCACUGAGCACAAGCAGCAGCAGGAAGACCUUUGGGAGGUCCCCUUUGAGGAAAUCCUGGACCUGCAGUGGGUGGGCUCAGGGGCCCAGGGUGCUGUCUUCCUGGGGCGCUUCCACGGGGAGGAGGUGGCUGUGAAGAAGGUGCGAGACCUCAAAGAGACCGACAUCAAGCACUUGCGAAAGCUGAAGCACCCCAACAUCAUCACCUUCAAGGGUGUGUGUACCCAGGCUCCCUGCUACUGUAUCCUCAUGGAGUUCUGCGCCCAGGGCCAGCUGUAUGAGGUACUGCGGGCUGGCCGCCCUGUUACCCCCUCCUUACUGGUUGACUGGUCCAUGGGCAUCGCCGGUGGCAUGAACUACCUGCACCUGCACAAGAUUAUCCACAGGGAUCUCAAGUCACCCAACAUGCUAAUCACCUACGACGAUGUGGUGAAGAUCUCAGAUUUUGGCACUUCCAAGGAGCUGAGUGACAAGAGCACCAAGAUGUCCUUUGCAGGGACAGUAGCCUGGAUGGCCCCUGAGGUGAUCCGCAAUGAGCCUGUGUCUGAGAAGGUCGACAUCUGGUCCUUUGGUGUGGUCCUGUGGGAACUGCUGACUGGUGAGAUCCCCUACAAAGAUGUAGAUUCCUCAGCCAUCAUCUGGGGUGUGGGAAGCAAUAGUCUCCAUCUGCCCGUGCCCUCCAGUUGCCCAGAUGGUUUCAAGAUCCUGCUUCGCCAGUGCUGGAACAGCAAACCACGAAAUCGCCCCUCAUUCCGACAGAUCCUGCUACAUCUGGACAUUGCCUCAGCUGAUGUACUCUCCACACCCCAGGAGACUUACUUUAAGUCCCAGGCAGAGUGGCGGGAAGAAGUAAAACUGCACUUUGAAAAGAUUAAGUCAGAAGGGACCUGUCUGCACCGCCUAGAAGAGGAACUGGUGAUGAGGAGGAGGGAGGAGCUCAGACAUGCCCUGGACAUCAGGGAGCACUAUGAAAGGAAGCUGGAGAGAGCCAACAACCUGUAUAUGGAACUUAAUGCCCUCAUGUUGCAGCUGGAACUCAAGGAGAGGGAGCUGCUCAGGCGAGAGCAAGCUUUAGAGCGGAGGUGCCCAGGCCUGCUGAAGCCACACCCUUCCCGGGGCCUCCUGCAUGGAAACACAAUGGAGAAGCUCAUCAAGAAGAGGAAUGUGCCACAGAAGCUGUCACCUCAUAGCAAAAGACCAGAUAUUCUCAAGACGGAGUCUUUGCUCCCUAAACUAGAUGCAGCCCUAAGUGGGGUUGGGCUUCCUGGGUGUCCUAAGGGCCCCCCCUCACCAGGACGGAGUCGCCGUGGCAAGACCCGUCACCGCAAGGCCAGCGCCAAGGGCAGCUGUGGGGAUCUGCCUGGGCUUCGUGCAGCUGUGCCACCCCAUGAACCUGGGGGUCCAGCAAGCCCAGGGGGCCUAGGCGGGGGACCCUCAGCCUGGGAGGCCUGCCCCCCUGCCCUCCGUGGGCUUCAUCAUGACCUCCUGCUCCGCAAAAUGUCUUCAUCGUCCCCAGACCUGCUGUCAGCAGCACUGGGAUCCCGGGGCCGGGGAGCCACAGGGGGAGCUGGGGAUCCUGGCUCACCACCUCCAGCCCGGGGUGACACCCCACCAAGUGAGGGCUCAGCCCCUGGCUCUACCAGCCCAGAUUCACCCGGGGGAGCCAAAGGGGAGCCACCUCCACCAGUAGGACCUGGUGAAGGUGUGGGGCUUCUGGGAACUGGAAGGGAAGGGACCUCGGGCCGGGGAGGAAGCCGGGCUGGGUCCCAGCACUUGACCCCAGCUGCACUGCUGUACAGGGCUGCCGUCACCCGAAGUCAGAAACGUGGCAUCUCAUCAGAAGAGGAGGAGGGAGAGGUGGACAGUGAAGUAGAGCUGACAUCAAGCCAGAGGUGGCCCCAGAGCCUGAACAUGCGCCAGUCACUAUCUACCUUCAGCUCAGAGAAUCCAUCAGAUGGGGAGGAAGGCACAGCUAGUGAACCUUCCCCCAGUGGCACACCUGAAGUUGGCAGCACCAACACUGAUGAGCGGCCAGAUGAGCGGUCUGAUGACAUGUGCUCCCAAGGCUCAGAAAUCCCACUGGACCCACCUCCUUCAGAGGUUAUCCCUGACCCUGAACCCAGCUCCCUGCCCAUUCCACACCAGGAACUUAGAGGAAAGCAGGGCCCUCCCAAUUCUGAGGACUCAGACUGUGACAGCACUGAAUUGGACAACUCCAACAGCGUUGAUGCCUUGCGGCCCCCAGCUUCCCUCCCUCCAUGAAAGCCACUCAUAUUCCGUGUACAUAGAGAAAUAUUUAUAUAAAUGAUAUAUAUAUAUAAAUAUAUAUAUAUGCGCGCCACAUAAUCAACAGAAACAUGGGGCUGUCUCAGCCGUAAGUCGGGCUUGAGGGAGACUGAUCCCCUGACAAUUCACCUGAUAAACUCUAGGGACUUUGGCAGCUGUGGAAAUGAAUGAGGCAUAGCUGUAUAGCUGUGCGUAAGGGCAAACUGGCCCCUUCCUGCCCCACUCCAUUCCUUACAUUCGGCAAGCAACAAGGCAAUAGAAAAGCCAGGCUUGUCUUUAUAUUCUUUAUCCCCAAAUACUGGGGAGAUAGGGGAAUGGGGAGGGUGGGAGGGGCAGGAGAGAAAACACUUAGACUGCACUUUUCUGUUUUCCGUUUACUGUUUACACAUUUUGCACUUGGGAGGAGGGAGACCAAGGCUGGGUCCUCCCCUCUGAAAUUUCUCAGGUGGCAAUGUAACUCAUUUUUUUUGUCCCUCCAUUUAUCUUCUCGGUCCAAGCCCUUAGGGCCCAGGGGGAGGUUAGGAGACUGAUAGCAUGUGAUGGCUCAGGCUGAAGAACUGGGGUGCUGUUUAAGUCCCUGCUUUUAUCCUGGUGCCUGAUUGGGGUGGGGACUGUCAUAUUGUAACCCCUGUGAAAAAUCUUGAAAUAUAACCACUCCAUGCAGGCCCAGCUGUUGAGGGUUUUCUUGAUGAAUGAAUGGGGUACCAUACAUGGUUAAGAUAAAGCCUUGGGCUCAGGACUUUAUCUGAGGUGUUUGGACAAGUUCUGCCCCUCCACUUUUAUGCAUCUGUUCUCAUUAAAUGAAUAUAAUGUCAAGCCCCAACUUUCUAAAAUUAUAGCAAUAAAUGAUAGCAGGUACGUCCUUCUAACUUGUUAUGGAGGACUAUAAAUGAAGUUACUAAGAACAAUAGAGUGAAAUUUUUAGUUUAAAAUAUGCAAGCCUGAACAAGACGACCAACAUUCCCAAGAAACUGGAACCCAGUCAGACACAACCAACUGCUUCCUGUGUAUGCCAUGUAUGUCAUGUCAUUCCUUUCUACCACCCCCCAGUGGAAGUGCUUGCCUACUCCUAGGACAGGUAAGUCCUAGGAAAGUCUAAUCCUCAAUCUUUUGGGCACAAGUUUUCUAAGGGCCAACCAAGUACGAGGUAAGAUAAAAAUCUGAUUAAGGUACACAAAAAAAGAUGGAAGUGGUAAAAGAGAAGAAAAUAUCUUAACUGGAAUAAAGGCUUCUAUUCAAAACUCAAGGAGGGUCCUUUGAGGGAUAAAAGGUACAAAAAUAACAGCAAGACAAGAGGAAUAAAACCCACAUGAAUCACUGUGGCAUCCAGUUUCUAUUCACAAAGAAAAAGCUCCAGUCCAUCUUUUAAUUUUUUUGAAAAAUUCCUGACAUUACAGAACUAAACUGAAAUGUAUUAAUAUUCCACUCUUACAUUUCCAUGACAAACAGAAAAAUUCAUUAGCAAAAAAAAAAAAAAAAAAACCAAAAAAAAAAACAAAAA